AUGGCCUUCGCAGCAGGGCGCAUCUGCGCUCGCUGCAGCCAUCGCCUGGCAUCUCCCCGCUUACCACCACAGUCACAGCACCGCGCAUUCUCCCAGUCCUGGUCCCGGACGGCCUUCACGCCGCCGACCCCUGCCUCGCUCGGUAAAGCUGUGCCCGCAAAACAGUUCAAACGGACUCGAAAAUGGAUAAGACGAUUGGCGUAUCUUUCACUCUUCGGAGCGGCUGCGUACGUGGUUGACAAGAGAUACUACGCCUCCAGUCUCACGCGAUGCACGCGGACAUUUGCUGCAGGCCUGACCACGGCCCUGGACUACAAGAUCAACUUCCGCGAAAAUCCUCCGUUUGCAGACGACAUUGCAGACGUCCAUGCACGUAAUGCGACGAGGCUAUUUCACCUGCUGCGCUCCAAUGGUGGCCUGUAUCUCAAGAUCGGGCAGGCGAUAGCCAUGCAGUCGGCGAUUUUGCCGCCGGAGUUUCAAAAAAUGUUUGCAAAAAUGUUUGAUGAUGCGCCCCAGAACGACUGGGCCGAGGUGCGGCAAGUCAUCAUGGAGGAUUUCGGCGGGAAGACUCCCGAGGAAGUGUUUGGCAUCUCAUUUGACGGUGAUCCAGAGGCUGGGGUCAUGGAGAAGAAAGCCCGAGCUAGCGCAAGUGUAGCACAGGUACACUGGGCGAGGUUGAAAGAUGGCCGUGAAGUCGCCAUCAAGAUCCAGAAAAAAGAGAUUGCACAGCAGGUCGGCUGGGAUUUGUGGGCGUUCAAGGUCGUCACCAAGAUAUAUACCUGGUGGUUCGAUCUUCCGCUGUACACUUUGGUCCCCUAUAUCACAGAGCGACUGCUUUUAGAGUGCGACUUUCAGGCCGAGGCAGAAAAUUCCAAACGCAUGGCCGAGUUGGUGAAAGGGGAACCACGAUUGCGGGAUAGAGUGUACAUCCCCAAAGUCUACGACGAGCUCACCACAAAGCGUGUCAUGACGGCUGAGUGGAUUGAGGGUGUCCGACUGUGGGACAAAGAUGCUCUGACGCGGCCAUGGCAAGGUGGCUGGAGGACGGGAAGCCCGGGGUGCCAUGGAACGCCGCUCGAUCCGCCGCAGACUCCCAUGACCACUCUUCAACAACGGUCUCGCCAGCAUGACGAGGAGCUUAAGCCUGACAGAAGCUAUUGGCGUGGUAAGGACGGCAAAGGUGGUCUCGGCCUCAACCUGAAAGAGGUCAUGACGACCAUGAUCGACUUGUUCUCGGCACAGAUGUUUCUCUGGGGCUAUGUACACUGCGAUCCUCAUCCGGGAAACAUCUUCGUCCGUCGCCUGCCAAACGGACACUCUGAACUUGUUCUGAUCGACCACGGCCUGUAUAUCCAUAUGUCGCCCAAGUUCCGACACCAAUAUUCCCUUUUCUGGAAGUCCUUGAUGACAUUUGACAAUCAGACGCUAAAGGAAAUCGUGGGCCAGUGGGGGGUGAACAAUGCCGAGAUCUUUGCCUCGGCCACCUUGAUGCGCCCCUAUGAGGGUGGCGACCUGACUGUGUCGAAGCGCAUCAAGGGCAUCAGCGAAGCGGAGAGGAGGAAGCGUCACUACGAGAUGCAGCAGGCGAUGCGGAAGGGCAUCAAGGAGAUCUUGGGCGACGAGGAAAAGUGGCCUCGAGAGCUGAUCUUCAUUGGACGAAACAUGAGAAUCGUCCAGGGAAACAAUCAAUUCCUAGGCAGUCCGGUGAACCGGAUCAAGAUCACCGGCAACUGGGCAAGUCGGGCUUUGGCAGAGGACAAGAACUUGAGCUUCACGGAACGUUGGAAGAACUUUGGUAGCCAUCUGAUCUUCAAGAUGGUGCUACUUGCGACCGACGCGUAUUUCUGGUACAGUAAGCUCAAACAGGUGUUGGGCCGAGGGAAAGGCAUGGACGAUGAUAUGGAGCAGCAGAUGAGGAGGAUGGCAAAAGACUAUGGAAUUGAGAUGAACCAUAAUGUCUUUGAGGGUUAA